AUGCCGAAGCGUGCAGCAACGACAGCCACAACAGAUGCGCCUAAACGCCCUCGCUUGCAGGAAGACGUGAAGCAGCUUGGCCCGACGGCAGCUUCCCCAGCAGCGCCGAGUGGCAGAGACCAUGUGGCUCCCGAUAAGAUUCCUCGUAAUACGCAGCUGCCCAAAGGUCCGCUUUCGAUCGAAGCCAAACCGGCAGGGUGCACGCGCAUUGCCAUAUGGAAUAUCACGUCUCUCAAGAGCUCUGAUGCAAAGGGGCUCAUGCGAUACGUGCAUGCUGAAGAUGCCGACGUGCUCGUGUUCAGUGAGACCAAGGUGAAUGAGACGCCCUCUCAUGCAGGCUUAGACGCCAUGUACAAGUACAGAUACUGGGGCAUUGGUGAGAAAAAAGGAUAUGCGGGCAUUGCCGUGCUAUCGAAGCAAAAACCCAUCCACGUCGAGAAGGGCCUUCCAGGAUUUCAUGAUCCCAGUUCGAAUGCACGUCUUCUGACAGUGGAAUUCCCUCACACAGUGCUGGUCGCGACGUAUGCUGUAAAUGCUGGUGAUGGACUCAAGACAUUAGGAAACAAAAACGCCUGGAACGAGGCGCUGGAAAAGCAUCUACAGUCGCUUCCGUCCGACAAAGAGGUCAUAUGGUGCGGAGAUCUGAAUGUCGUUUGGGAUGAUCGCGACUUGGCAGGCGCAUCAAAGAAGUGGAAUAAAGCUGCUGGGUAUACACAGGCCGAAUGCGACGCGCAUCGACGGAUUUUGGCGACGAAUGACAUGUGUGAUGCAUGGCGUGAAUGCCAUCCCGACGCUGUCGGCCACUACACAUACUAUGGCUGGCGUGGCCAGUGCCGAAGCCGCGGCGCAGGCUGGCGAAUAGACUCUUUCAUUAUUCGAAAACGUGCGCUUAGUCGCGUUAAGGCAUGUGAGAUCCGUCACGAAAUCUACGGACCCAGCGAUCACGUUCCUAUGCGUUCGCUUUUUUCUCGUGUGCAGAUCCUAGAUCCAAGUCUAGCGAAGAAAAAGAGCGCUUCAACGCUAAGAUGA